GUUCCGCCAAAAAAAUCUUUCUGACGUUUGGAUGUUUGGAUCCAUCGGGAAGUGGUUGUCACUCAACUCGAUCUUCACCCGAUUCAUAGCAGGGUUGCUUCCAAUUGUGAAAUAAGAGCCUUCUUCCACAACCAUCUUCGAAAAAGAAUGAAAACUCUCUUUGUAUAUCCCAAGAGGUCAAGCCCUCUACCGGCCCUCCUGUUUUUGGCCUGGCUGGAUGCUGCAACGUCCAAGCUAGGCGCCGCUUUGAUACUACCUCAUGGCGAUGUCGCUUUAGAUCCUUCCAAUCUUAGCCCAGGCACAGCAGCGCGCAAAGCUGGUGACACAAUUGCAAAGGGUGCUCGACAAGCAGCACGAUGGUUCGCUACAGGAAAGAACUCAUCGUCACCUCAAAAAACAACAGGAACAGAAAGCAGAGACUUUGAUCUCAUUUUUCUGUCUACACCCCAUGGAAUUCAGCUCACUCAUGAUUAUGGCAUCUAUUUGGGUCCACAUGCCAGUGGGAGUAUCAAUAUUACCGGAGACAAUUCCAGUCAUGCUCCCUACACUGUCACAAUGCCUCCAAUUGACUUGGAUACGGCACUGUCCUUGGAUUUAAUAAUGCAGCUUACAGAGCAACAAUCUACUAGUGGAAAACCAAUCCCCGUGGAAGGUAUUGCCACUUCAGCGGAUGGGGCCAAAGAUUUGCCUUUGGAAUGGGCGGAAAUAAUACCCCUCAAGCUCUUGCCAGAACCCCAUGCCUUCAAGUAUCUAAUUUGGAGCUACCCUUUGCGAAGAUACACAGAAUCUCCAUCAAUGGUAGAGGAACUGCUGAUCAUUGGCGCUGCCAUUCGAAGUUGGAUGGAGGCUCUUCCUCUCAAUAUCGGUGUUAUUAUCUCGGGCGAUAUGUCUCAUACUCAUGAAGCAACGGGGCCAUAUGGAUAUUCGAAUGCCAGUGCCCCCUUUGAUCACGCCGUGGGGCACUGGGCAUCCAAUCCGUGCCAAAACUCUGAUUCACUACUGCAGACGGCAAGAUCCCUACAACCAAAUGGGAAGUCUUGUGGUUUCACGGGGUUUGUCCUCCUUCACGCAAUGCUGUGCGGCGGCUCGACUGGAGAGACGUUUGAUCCAUUGGAUAGUGAUAAUGUAUGGGUAAACCGCAACGCGACCUACUACGGAAUGAUGGCCGUCACCUUCGAUUCCAAAGGGAAUGACCAGCGGGUGAGUUCGGAGUAGAUGAGGAAAUUUGUUCCUUCACAAUUGCUGGGAGGUCGGAGCCAUGGUUGCUCGCUUGACAUCACCUUCAAUUUCCGAACGAAGGGGCCAUGGUAGCGGUACACGGUUGCAGGCAAUGCCAUGACAUCUAGCUAGCUAGUGACGAAUCUACAUUCCUCUAUAUACCCACAAACGGUUAAAGGCUGGCCCUAGCACGAGGCUCUCACAGACCGUUUCAAAAUCUAAACAUAGAACACAAUCCCUCCGGGGAAAGUGUAAUUCUUAAGUUAACAUAUCUUGUUGGUACAGUC